CCUGAUGACAACAUAAGGUCAAGGUUCACGUUGGGUCACAGUAAUGAUUUGUAAAUUCUACCUUAACCAGAUGAUUUUGAAUCUUGUCGUUACAUCUCACAGUACGUCAGUGAUCACUGCACGCGAUACCACCGUUUGCCUCUGAUGUCAAUCUUUGUAAACAGCGAAAGGGCGUCAUGAAAAAUAGCUCUACGUGAACUCUGACCCUUUGUGCAGCUUGUCCUGAUUCAGUAUCAGUCAGCUGCCUUCCUUUGUGUACACGUACUUUCUUCACGAGCGAUUUAACAAUCUGAGCUCAAGAUGGGAGGAGGACCUUCAUUGCUAAAUCGCCCGGACAUCCACGUGGUUAUCGUUGGAGGCGGCUAUGGAGGAGUACAACUCGCCAAAAACCUGACCGACAAAGCCAAGUACACCCUCAUCGACCCUAAAGAGAUGAUGCACCAUAACCUGGCCGCUCUGAGGGCCGUCACGGAGCCCGGCUUUGCGCCGAAGACGCUUAUACCGUAUGGUCCAACCUUCGGCAACAACUUCAAGCAGGGAGCGGUGACGAAAAUUAACCCUACGGAACAGAACGUGACGCUGUCUACCGGGGAGAACGUGGGGUACAGUCACCUGGUGAUAGCUACCGGCGCCACCGGGCCGUUCCCCGGGAAACUGUUCGGUAUCACCUCCAUGUCGGAGGCCUUGGCACGCAGCAAACACCUCUUACAACAGGUGCAGUUAGCUAAGAAGGUUGUAAUAGUUGGCGGAGGAGCCGUGGGUACGGAACUGGCCGCCGAGAUAGCGACGGACUACAAGGACAAACAGGUUAGCCUGAUCCACCCCCGUGACAAGUUGGUAGAUCCCAACACCACACCCGCCUUCCAGGAUGCCGUCAAAGAUAAAGUCACCAAAAUGGGAGUGACUCUACUUCUGGGAGAGAGAGUGACUAACCUGGAUAAGUUGCCGAAGGAGACCGUACAGGAAACCACGGUAGUGACGAACAAAGGUUCACACAUCGAGGCCGACCUGGUCAUCCCCUGUACUGGUCUCAGGGUCAACAAUUCAGCCUACAAGGACAGUCUAGCGUCCAGUAUGGAUAAAAAGGGUGCGCUGAAGGUCAACGGCUACUUCGAGGUGGAAGGGACCAAAAACAUCUACGCUAUCGGCGACUGUACCAACAUCCCGGAGACUAAGCUGGCGUACAACGCGGGCGUGCACGCCGACCUGCUGGCCAAGAACAUCCUCGCACAGGAGACAGGAGGGACGAGGAAGGAGUACAAACCAGCUUCCUUCUUCCUGUUGAUCUGCCUGGGGAGAGCCGACGGUGCAGGCCAGUGGGGCUCGUCCCUGACGCCGACCUUCAUGGCCACCAACAUCAAGAGUAAGGGCAUGUUCGUCAGCAGGUACUGGGGACUCAUGGGCCAGAAACCUCCCAAGUAAAACUGAGUUGUACCUACGAACCACGGACGGGUGCGUUCAAGUACUUACAGGGUCAUAGAAAAUAUAUUAUUCUUGUAACGACAAACAGAUGCUUUAAAAGCAACGUAGUUUCUUAUGUUUUAUGCACAUUUCUUAGAUUAAGCACAAUUUAGGCUUCGUAGUACCUAUUCAUAGCAUGCAACAUGAGAGUCAGUCGAUCGCGCCACUGAAGAGUCCUUUGUGUUAGUGUCUAGGAAAAGCGGCAUAUAUAACCAAUAUAUGGUGGUACCGUAUUGUUUACCUGUACGUGGCUAUCUAGCGUCUUCUUUAGAAAGACGCAGCGGUUUUUAAGAUGUAUUGGGCGACGUAAACGUAUGACGUACAAGAUUUUAAUCCAUCCUGAUGCUGCUUUCUACCCACCAUGCAUAGAAAUUAGGUUUUAUAAAAGUCAAAAUAAAAGACUUAUAAAAUGUGGUUUGUGGACAGUUUUCAUUACACGUGUUAAAAUCAUGUCGGUAUGUUAGUUAGCCUUCUUUUAUGAAAAAAAAAGAGUGCGAAAAGUGCCAGCUUUCUUUUUCUAGAUUCUUUGUUGAAGGCUCUGGUGCUGUCCUUGGUACUGACGUGAUAUGUACAUUGCUGUUCGAAUUAUGGCUGCUGUCUUUACAGCAACAAACACAGAUUCAUCUUAAAAAAAGAGAAACCAGCAGGGUUAUA